AUGGAAACCUAUGAGAACUGCUUGGGGUCUGCUGAAAUUUUGUUCUAUGUUGAUGCUAAUGCUGUUUCUAGUUUUUCUUUCUCUUCCUUAACCAAUGGACACAAAGCUGCAAGUUUAGCAGAUUCUUCACCUGCAUCAGUCCCAUUGCCACUUCAACAAUAUUUAUUGAAAAAGGUUGUGGAAAUCAAACCCAAACGGAAGAGAACUUCUAGUCCAUCUGAUGGGAAUCAGUCAACUCCUGCUUCAAAUGAUUCUGCUUUAAAAAGCCUUAAGUCUGAGUCUCACCAGGAGAAAGAGCAGCCUGAGACUGACCAGGAGGAGAAAGAGUGGCCUUUGUCAAGAUUGAAUAAAGCAGAGGGAGAUACUAAUACAGAAAACCCUGUUAAAAGUUUACUAGGCCUAGCAUAUGCAAGUUCUGAGGAUGAUGACUGA